AUGUCCGCCGGUGGCCGUGAGACCGCGCCGACGAACCUGAUUCGUCGCCGCAACAAGGAUGAGAUAAACGGGGAUGUCAGCGCCGCCGCCGACCGCUUCCGCAGCCGCUUCGAGAAGGCAACCCUCGAGGAGCGCAAGGCCGCUACCACGACGAUGGUGAACGAGUACUACGACCUUGUGACGGACUUCUACGAGUACGGCUGGGGCCAGCACUUCCAUUUUGCGCCGCGCUACGCCGGCGAGACCUUCUUCGAGUCCCUCGCGCGCCACGAGUACUUCCUGGCCGCCCGCGGCGGCUUCAUGGAGGGCGACCACAUCAUCGACGUGGGCUGCGGCGUCGGCGGUCCGGCGCGCAACAUAGUUCGCCUCACGCGCUGCAACGUCACCGGCGUCAACAACAACGAUUACCAGAUCAGCCGCGCUCGCCGUCAUGACGCCCUCGCCGGUAUGAGCUCCAAGAUCGACUACGUCAAGACUGACUUCUGCAACAUGAGCUUAGCCGACAACACCUUCGACGGCGCCUACGCCAUCGAGGCCACCUGCCACGCGAAGGACAAGGUCAAGUGCUACAGCGAGGUCUUUCGUGUCAUCAAGCCCGGCACCUGCUUCGUCCUGUACGAGUGGUGCAUGACCGACAAGUACGACCCCAAUGACGAGCACCACCGCACGAUCAAGCACCGCAUCGAGCUGGGCGACGGCCUGCCGGAGAUGGAAACGUGCACACAGGUGAUCGAGUACAUGAAGCAGGCCGGCUUCGUGGUGGAGGAGGCCAUAGACGUCAUCAGUCAGUUUGAGUCCAGCUCCAUCAAGAGCGUCCCGUGGUACCAACCGCUGCUCGGCAACUACUCGUCCCUGCAGGGCAUGCGCUCUACCCCGAUCGGCCGCAUCUUCACUAACGUCCUGUGUCGCGUGCUGGAGCUCGUGCACCUAGCACCGAAGGGCACGUAUAAGGCGGCGGAGGUUUUGGAGGAGGCUGCAGAAAGCCUGGUGUUGGGUGGUCAGCUCGGCAUCUUCACGCCGUCUUUCUACAUCCGCGCUCGCAAGCCGUCCAAGGAGGUGUAG